AUGACUCCCAUCAAAGUACCAUCGCCGUUGCCACCACAACGUCUACCACCAACACCAUCUUCAUUUUCAUCAGCAUCAUCAUUAUCAUCAUCGUGCAUCACCAUCGCUACCACGACCAUCGCUACCACGACCAUCGCGGUGGCGACAACAUCCAACACAACCACCAAUAACUACAACAACGACAACACCACCACCAACAACACCACCAUCACCAACCACACGAAUAACAACACAUCAGCAGCAGCAACGAAAGCAACACCAUUACCACCAUGCAUCCCUACCACUAGCGACAUCAACAACACUACCACCAUCAACAACAAGAGCACCAACCCCAGUAACAAUGACAACAACAGCAGCAGCAUCAACAUCACAAAACAAAAACGAAAAGCAAAGUAUGCGCAUUCGGGGAAGGACGAUACAAUAGCAAUAUCUCGGUUCGAUGUUAUAUGA